AUGGGUCUCGACCGUGGUAUGCAAGCUGUUGUCACGGCUUCGGCGUUCACUGGGUUGGCACUUCUCUUCGUCGUGGUUCGGUGCAUUUCUCGUUUCUUGGUCAUCAAGCAAGCUGGAACGGAAGACUAUUUCGCCAUCAUUGCAGUCCUGCUGUCGAUUGGCACGACAGUGACUAUAGGCCUUCAGCGGGAGUAUGGCCUGGGAAGACAUGCUGAUACUGUCAGCACGGAGGAUAAUGAAAUGUUAUCGAAGCUGCUGUAUGCAAGUGUCAUCGUUUACAACCUUGGGCUCAUGUUCGUCAAAGACUCAAUCCUGUAUCAAUACCUCAGGUUCUUUGUUGCCAGAAGCUAUCGAAGAGCUGCGUGGGGCUUGAUAGGGAUUGUCACGGUUGGUGGAAUUGUGAUGGUCGUCACGUCAACCGUAUCUUGUCUCCCAGUCCCCUUCUACUGGGAUAAGACUGUGGAAGGUGGUCACUGCAUCAAUUUAAUGGCUUUCUGGUUCGCCUUCUCGGCAUUCAACAUCGUCACCGACCUGGCUGUCUGGCUAUUACCGAUGCCGGUGUUGAAGAAUCUACAGCUCCCAAGGAAGCAAAAAUACAGUUUGAUCGGUGUCUUUGCGCUGGGUGGUUUUGGGUGUAUCACAGCUAUUCUGCGCCUUCACGCCCUCUACAUUGCCAGCAUCUCUACCGAUCUGACCUACGAUAAUGUCGGAGCAGCCACCUGGAGUUCAUGUGAACUCAACGUGGGAAUUGCUUGCUCAUGUAUCCCGGCCUUGCGACCUCUCAUCUCCCUCAUCUUCCCACGCCUUCUCACAAGCACGCGACGUGAUCACACGUCCGACCCUUUUUCUAGAGGCGCCGCCUACUAUCGAAACGAGAACGAGAGCAUUGUCGAGCUGUCUCACGUUAACAAGAUCGAGAGUGACGCGAGUCAUGAUGACACAAUCAGCCUCGACACCACCCAUACCCCAGGCGCGAUCCGAGUCAAGCAAGAGUGGACCAUCACAGAAAAGGGAGGUCCCUAG